AUGAGUACAGCAGACGUGGGCACAGGGGGCACUAACGGCCAGCCUGCUGCAGCAGCAGCAGGAACAGCAGCAGCAGCAGCAGCAGGGCCCACCCUGGCUUCUCUGCGGCAGCAGAGGCAGCAGCAGCAGCAGCAAGACUCGUCUGUUCAAGGGGCCUCCUCAGGGAGGGGCCCCCUUGACCGUGGGGGCCCCUUGGGCGCAUCUUUGCUGCCGUCGUCUUCUGCAGCAGCAGCAGCAGCAGCAGCAGCAGGAGGCGGCGAGCUGGGCGAGGCCCUCUGCGAGCUCCUUGAAGACAUGAACAGCAAAUUCAAUUCCCUCAGCAGCAGCAUUUUAAAUAAGUUGGAUGACAUGGCUCUUAAGCUCGAUACCCUCGAGGCGCAGCUAACUAAUUUGCUGCAGGACGACCCGGGGGCCCCCCUGGGGGCCCCCCUGGGGGCCCCUCUGGGGGCCCCCCUGGGGGCCCCCCUGGACGACGGCCUGGGGGCCCCUCCGCCCUUUGGGGGCCCCCUGGGGGCCCCCCUGGGGGCGCCCCUGGGGGCUCCCGUGGGGGCUCCCCUCUCGGGGGCGGGGGCCCCCCUGGGGGGGGCCCCCAUG